GGUGGGAGCGGUGGCUCAGUCUCUUGCGAGAGGCGCAGGAAGAGGACCCAGAGAGAGCAUUGUGUCUAUCUGGAGAUUUCCUGCUGUGAUGGAGCGGCUGAGAGCCCUUCGAGGUCUCUUUGCCUGUGUGGGCUGCGUGCCCAGAGGUACACGUCGCAGGGCCAGAGGCAGGGUGGCAAGCCCUGUCCCUGCCUGUGCCGUGACUUUGCUGCUGCAGCGCCUGCAAGACCAGGAGGGUGACCGAGUGCAGGCGUACUGCGAGCUGGAGCACGUCCUGCGGGAAGGUGACAGCCGCCCGCCAUGCGGAGUGCUGAACCGGCUGCUGGCUGAGGUGUCCCAGGACCUGACAGCAGCCCAGGGCGUGCCAGACAGCGUGAGGAUGGCUGCCAGCAAUGUCCUGGUGGCUCUGGCCCGGACACACUUCACCUUGGUGAUGGCCGAGCUCCAGAGCCACCUGAAGGCCAUGGGGGAGAUGUCCAAGGAGUUUGUGCUCGUCACCCUGAGCAAACUGUUCACCAGCUACGCUCCACAGUGCAUCUCCUUCGUGUGGCUGACGCUGGCCGGCCUGCGCAGUGUGGUGAGCUGGGUGAGAGGCGGCCGGACCCUGCGCAUUGCUUGUGCUGUUGUGAAACAAUGGCUGGAAGGAGUCAAGGUUCACUUGUGCUCCGGAAAGCAAUGCCCCUGGCCUGCCAAGGAGAUCCAGCAGAUCUACCAGAAUCUUUCCCAGCUCUUCUGCUCUGUGCUGAGGCACUGGCAGGACUGCAAGGAGGAAAAGGACAAACAGGCCGUCCUCGGGGCCGUGGCUACCAUGAUGGCUGUCCUCCUGCAAGAGGAGCUGCCCCGAGAGCACGUCUGGGAGCAGCUCCUCUGGCUCGUGCGCCUGUAUCAGGAGGUCCAAGACACCUGCAGGGGGACCAAGAGCCUCAAUAUCUUCCUGGAGGCCUUAGAGGGAGUGCAAUCGGUCAUCCCGAAGGACAAGUUUCUGGCCAUCACCAGUGCCGUGUUCUACCACCUCUCUGAUGACACCAAGGAGCGCAGCGAGGCGGACAGAGCAGAGCUGACCCACUGCAUCCUGCUGCAGGCCCGGAUCUGCCCAGAGGAGACGGUCCAGUUUCUGCAGUCACAGCUGGGCGCUGACAGGGAGGCUGGACGCGUGGCAGCCCUGGGUCUGCUCGGUGCUCUGGCUCGCUCUGAUGAGCCCGUGAUGGCAAAGAAGCUGCCCCAGGUUGUGGAGGCUGUGCAGUGUCUGUGCAGCGACCCCAGGACCCAGGUGAGGAGGGCCAUUCUGCUCUUCAUCAAGGAUGUGCUCAGUGCUAACGCCCGGAGCUGCUCAGCCUGGGAUGUGGUGGGGCACAUCUUCAGUGAGUUCAGCCGCACCGCGGGAAGAAGGGCAGCCGGAGACCUUUCUGCCCAGGAAGCCCGGGAAGAAGGAGCUCUCCAAGAGCUGUGUAUGGACAUCCUGGGGUCACUGGAUGUCUCUGUGAGCGGGAUGACCAAAGUAAGUCACCCUCGUGUGGCCACGCUGCUGCUGCUGUACGUGGUGCCAGCCCAGUACACCGGCAUGCUGAUCCCGGUCUCCCGCUGCGUCCAAGCGCUGGCUGAGAGAGGGGACCUGAUGGUGCGGGAGGUAGAAGACCUGGAUCCCCAUUUCCUCAGCUCCAUGUUCCAAGGCCCACUGCUGACUCCCCAGACACUGCUGGCACGCCUGUUGGUGGUGGCAGGGAGCCCUUUUGCGGGCAGCGAACUCCAAGCCGCUGCCUUGCUCCUCAUGCUGAACCUCCACAGCAAGAUCCACAGAGCUGUGGGGGCCAUGUGGGCCACUGAGAUCCCCCUGCUGCUGCAGUGCCUCGAAGGAAAGAUGAGAGCUUCCCGGACUCUGCAGGGUGGGAGCAGCGCCUGCUAA